AUGGAGUCCGCGGCGCCCGCGGGCCAGGCCCGGGCUGCGGCCAGCAAGCUGUCCCAGGCGGUGGGCGCUGUGCUGCAGGAGCCCCGGCGGCAGCGGCGCCUGGUGCUGGUCAUCGUGUGUGUGGCGCUGCUGCUGGACAAUAUGUUGUACAUGGUCAUCGUGCCCAUCGUGCCGGACUACAUCGCCUCCAUGCGUGGCGGCCACCACGACCCCACGCCGACCACCGAGGCCUGGGCGCCCACUUCGCCACCGACGCCGACACCAGCCCCAGACAACACCAGCGCCAACGCCUCGGCGGCCCCGACGGCUGCGCCGCGGCCGGCUGUGUCGGGCCUGCUGCGGCCGCGCUACCCGGCGGAGAGCGAAGACGUGAAGAUCGGGCUGCUGUUCGCCUCCAAGGCCAUCCUGCAGCUGCUGGUGAACCCCCUCAGCGGGCCCUUCAUCGACCGCAUGAGCUACGACGUGCCGCUGCUCAUCGGCCUGGGAGUCAUGUUCGCAUCCACCGUGCUGUUCGCCUUCGCCGAGGACUACGGCACGCUGUUUGCCGCGCGCAGCCUGCAGGGCCUGGGCUCCGCUUUCGCCGACACGUCGGGCAUCGCCAUGAUCGCCGACAAGUACCCCGAGGAGCCCGAGCGGAGCCGCGCGCUGGGUGUGGCGCUCGCCUUCAUCAGCUUCGGCAGCCUGGUGGCGCCGCCCUUCGGCGGCAUCCUCUACGAGUUCGCGGGCAAGCGGGUGCCCUUCCUGGUGCUGGCCGCCGUCUCGUUGCUCGACGCGCUGCUGCUCCUGGCCGUGGCCAAGCCCUUCUCGGCGGCUGCGCGGGCGCGCGCCAACCUGCCGGUGGGCACACCUAUCCACCGCCUCAUGCUGGACCCUUACAUCGCCGUGGUGGCCGGGGCGCUCACCACCUGCAACAUCCCCCUCGCCUUCCUGGAGCCCACCAUCGCCACAUGGAUGCAGCAUACCAUGGCCGCGUCCGAGUGGCAGAUGGGCCUGGUCUGGCUGCCGGCCUUCGUGCCGCACGUGCUCGGCGUCUACCUCACCGUGCGCCUGGCGGCGCGCUACCCGCACCUGCAGUGGCUCUACGGGGCGCUCGGGCUGGCGGUGAUCGGCGCCAGCUCCUGCCUCGUGCCCGUCUGCGUCUCCUUCGCGCCGCUGGUGGUCUCGCUCUGCGGCCUCUGCUUUGGCAUCGCGCUGGUGGAUACGGCGCUGCUGCCCACGCUCGCCUUCCUCGUGGACGUGCGCCACGUCUCCGUCUACGGCAGCGUCUACGCCAUCGCCGACAUCUCCUACUCCGUGGCCUACGCGCUCGGGCCCAUUGUGGCGGGCCACAUCGUACACUCGCUGGGCUUCGAGCAGCUCAGCCUGGGCAUGGGCCUGGCCAACCUGCUCUAUGCGCCGGUGCUGCUGCUGCUGCGCAACGUAGGCCUCCUGACGCGCUCGCGCUCCGAGCGCGACGUGUUGCUGGACGAGCCGCCACAGGGCCUCUACGACGCCGUGCGCCUGCGGGAGCGCUCUGCACCCGACCCGGACGGCGAGCUAGGCGGCCCGCCCGACCCUUCGGACGCGUGCGAGGACGACUACGACUACUACUACACUCGCAGCUAG